AUGCACUAUCAUUAUAAUAUUCUUCAUAAGAAUUAUGAGGUUAAGUUGUUGGAAACCCUACGGGGAAGAAAAAUUGAAGAAGAAUCUAAAAUUGAAAAGCAAUUUCCUACUUUGGAAGAAUUGAUGAGAAACUUAGAACAAUUGCCGGAGGAAAUAAAAGAUGAUAUGCGUUUUUUUGGGGGCGGAUUAAUUAAUCACAACUUUUUCUUUGCUCACCUGGCUAAAUUUGAACCUAAGCGAAAAGAACACGAACUUGAAGAAAGAAUUAUCCCGUCCUUACUAAAUAUUAUCCAAGAAAAAUUUACUGAUUUGAAGGAAUUAAAGAAAAGAUUAGUGAAAAGUGCCUUAAAAGACGGACCUUGGGCUUUACAUUGCCGUCCGCUGAUUGCCAUUGACGUUUGA